AUGUCUAGAACAGAUGCAUUAAUUAAGGAAUCUUUCCUAUUAUUAGAUAAGGAUUUUGAUGGUUCUAUAUCACUUAAUGAAUUAAUGUAUGCCUUAAGGUUCAUUGGAGUUCCAUUUGAUUUUUCUAUGAUAGAAGACAAAAACGAUAUAAAGUACUCAUUAGGAGAAUACGUUAAAAUUGCAAAGACACAUUUAGGAACACUUACCCCAGAAGAGCAAUUUUUAAAUACUAUAAAAAAAUUAGAUAAAAAGGACAAUGGUAUUUUAGCUAUAGACAAGACGAUUCAUUUAGUUAUGACAAUGAGUGACAUUCUAUCUGAUGAAGAUUUUAUAAAUUUUAAGAAAUUUGUUGAUCCAAAUGAUGAAAAAAUGAUACCUAUGAGAGAAUUCACAAAUAGAGUAUUUUCUUAA